AUGACCUUGGAUGAAACCAACCCCCUAUCCCAGUUCUUUGAACACUUCCCUGGUCAUGAAAAGUUCAUAACGCAUAUCACGAGUAUCACAUCAUCCUUCGUCCUCCCGUUCUUGUACAUUACCGACCGCCACAGCCCGCGUAUCACAGCCUCGGUGCUCGAUCAGUUCUAUCGCAACAGUUCAGACUGGUCUCCUACACGUUUUGCGCACAUAAAUGCGGCGGCAUGCUUCACAUCGCGGUUGUUGUACGAUACCGCACUCAAUGCACUCGCAAGAUGGGAAGUCUCCUGGGAAAAUGGGUGUCAAAACUGGCCUGGUGAGGAUGGGAAAAGGUAUAACGACAGCAUUGAUAGUUUCUUACAUGGACUCCGUAACCUCCGUAACCAAUCCUGGGAGGGGAAGGGUAAAGGGAAGGGUAGAGCUGUUGAUGAGGAACCGACAAUGGUGCUCCUCAUCGAGAGAGCCGAAAGGCUGAAGGACAACCUUCCGGACCUUGUUGUUCCUCUCACACGUCUGGCAGAAUUGUCACAGGUGAGGAUAACAACCAUUUUGCUGUCCUCUGUGCGAUGGGAGGAUAUCAAGCCACCGCUUGGCGCAUCCCCUGAUCCCUACUUCAUCGAUAUCGACUCUCCAAGCAAACAAGGCAAGGUCAUUGGCGUGUCUUCAGACACGCUUGGCAGCCUUCUUUCAGCCUUCUGUUCAGCGUCCACAGUGCAGUCACGCUCAGGCACGCAAGAUAGGUCGUACCAUCCGUCACUAUUGCCGCUGUACGAACAAUAUGUGGAACACGUCUACAAUGUUUGCUCUCUCUACACAACCGAUAUCCAGGAACUGCAGUACAUUGCAGCUGCACGAUGGCCAGGGUUUGUUAAACCUGUCUUGCAGGAGCAAAGCGCACCUAAUGAGGACGAGGACCCAGACUCAGACGGAACUUCCAAUGAACUGAUACUCCCUGCUUCCGACGGCCGCAUGAGAUUGCUAAAGUUCUUCACUCCUUCUUUGACGGCGGCACUUGAUGCCCUCUAUCCGCGCUUGACCAACGCUACGGACUGGGCAGUAGCCAACGACCCUGACAUGCAAGUAUCUGAGGAGGCACAUUCUCAAGCAAACACAGAAGGGAGCAUCAUCGUUGACCAUCUACCACGCAUGUCCAAGUUCAUCUUGCUCGCGGCGUUCCUGGCCUCGACAAAUCCUGCCAAAAGUGACGUGCGAAUGUUUGGUCGCGGCGCAGAUAAGCAGAAAAAGCGGCGUCGGAGAUCUGUGUCACCAAAGAAGGCUGGGGCGCAGACAACCGUCGCAAAGGUAACCCUAUGUUUACUUCACACAGUAUCACAAAGACUACUUGGCCCUGUAGUAUUCCCACUGGAUAGGCUUCUCGCAAUUCUUGGCGCUCUUCUGGAGGAGAAUGAUGUCGAGAGCCGGCCUCACGACACUCGUUUCGAACUUCCAGGGGAAUACACUGACAUGGAAUUGGGGCGAGUACACAUUUACGCUGCAAUCACUGAGCUUACGUCUAUGCGUGCUCUACAUCGCACGACUGCUGUCGACAAACUAGACGGACCGCCUAUGUAUAAAUGUGGGAUUUCAUUUUGGGUAGCAGGGGCACUUGCGAAGGGUUUGCAGACUAUGCCCACAGAGUUCAUUUCUGAAUCUGCAGCCUUCCCUUUAACACGGCUUGACUCGGAGCUCAAGAACUCCGAGUCUACCGACCUCGAGAGUGAGGUCACUGAGGAUAAGCAGGUUGACUCGGACGAGCAUGAGCGACCAUUUAGCUCGAGUGAGUUCGUUUUUGCGGACUUUGACGACCCGAACCUCGACCCUUCACGCAGUGAUGCAGAACUUGACGACGAGGAGUCGCCCUAUCCAGAGGUCCGAUCUGCUGUCGCAAACACAGACGAUCCGUCCAUACAUGUAACGACGCUUCGUACUUGGGUUUUAGGUAUGGCCUGGGCAGUUGUCAUGCCUGGUGUCAACCAGUUUUUCUUCUUCCGCUAUCCCAGCGUCCCCAUUUCUGCUAUAGUCGCUCAGCUACUCUCGUUUCCGAUAGGCCGACUCUGUGCUGCUUAUCUUCCCCGAAAAAAAAUCUUGGGUAUUUCGCUAAACCCAGGCCCCUUCACCAUCAAGGAACAUGUACUAAUAACGAUCAUGGCUUCGGUGGGCGCUUCAUCCGCCUAUGCAACAGAUGUCAUCGCGGUGCAAAGAGUUUUCUAUAAUCAGAAAUACAAUUUUAGUUAUCAAUGGUUUUUGGUAAUGUCGACACAACUUAUUGGCUUCUCCACCGGGGGAAUCACGCGACGCUUUCUUGUCUCGCCUCCAAGCAUGAUCUGGCCCGCAACUCUCGUCAGCUGCGCACUCUUCAACACCCUCCACUCCGAGCAGUAUGCAGGUAUCGGACGAUUAGGCGGUAUAAGUCGAGAACGCUUCUUCGUUUAUGUUUUCACAGGCGCAUUCUUGUGGUACUUUUUCCCUGGUUACCUAUUCCAGGCCCUUUCGUGGUUUUCUUGGGUAACAUGGAUUUGGCCUAACGAUCCUGUCGUCUCACAGCUCUUUGGCUACGUCCACGGUAUGGGAAUGUCCGUGAUAACAUUUGACUGGGCCCAAAUUGCAUAUGAUGGGUCACCACUAGCCAUGCCUUGGUGGGCGACGGCGAACAUCAUGGCUGGCUUUGUAGUUUUCUAUUGGAUAGUAACACCUGUAUUAUACUUCACAAAUACCUGGUAUUCUCUGUAUAUGCCUAUAUCGGCAAGGUUUUCCUUCGACAACAGACAGAAAACGUACAACGUCACCCGGAUAUUGACUCCAGCGGGCUCUUUCAACGCGACAGCGUACACGGAGUACAGUCCAAUAUUCGUUCCAGCGGCGUUCAUGAUGGCUUAUGGUCUCUCGUUCGCCUCAAUUACUGCGACUAUCGUUCAUUGUUUUAUUCAUUUCCGGAAGCAAAUUUGGUAUCAAGCGCGACGGUCACUUGGGGAACAGGCAGAUAUCCAUGCUCGCCUUAUGAGUCGUUACCCGCAGGUUCCUGAAUGGUGGUACUUGUCCCUAUUCACUCUCAUGUUUGCGUUGGGUGUCAUCAGCAUCGAGAUUUGGCCCACAGAGAUGCCAGUUUGGGCGUUUGUGAUAGCGCUCUUGAUCGCAUUCACCUAUGUGAUUCCAUGCGGUAUGAUACAGGCGAUAACCAAUCAGCAAAUUGGGUUGAAGUGCUCUACACUGGUCCGUCGGAUCAAUCUAUCUGACCGCUUGCUACCCAGAUAUAUGCUACCUGGCAAACCGGUAGCAGUGAUGCUAUUCAAGACCUUCGGCUAUAUUGCCUUGACAUUUACGUCUGACUUCAAACUUGGUCACUACAUGAAAAUCCCCCCUCGAAAAAUGUUCUGGUGCCAAAUCGUGGCUACGGUGGUCGCUGGAACCUCGCAAUUGGGCGUUCAGUCGUGGAUGUUCUCUACCAUACCAGACAUGUGCUCUCCCACUCAAAAAGACGGUUUCACCUGUCCUUAUACGGAGGUAUUUGGCACUGCGUCCAUCAUCUGGGGUGUGGUCGGCCCACAACGUUUGUUUGGUCCCGGGCAACUGUAUCAUGAGAAAUUUAUAGACCCACUUUCAGCCGUGUUGGUCUUCUUCAUUAUCGGAGCCAUAUCCCCUAUCAUGGGUUGGCUGGCGAUGAAGCGGUAUCCAAACAGUUUCCGUGACAUCAUACAUCUUAGCCCGCUAAUAUUUAACGGCACCUACAAGAUCCCCCCAGCGUCUGCGCUGAACUAUGUACCGGGGGCGCUGGUCGGAUUCAUCUUCCAGUACGUCAUACGAAGGCGCAAUUUUUCAUGGUGGACGAAAUACAAUUAUGUUUUGUCGGCGGCACUGGAUGCUGGACUAGCUAUUUCUGUUAUCUUCAUAUAUUUUGUGUUGCAAUAUCCGACAAAUGGGUCGGUAAGUAACAGGAGCUUGCAACAUUGGUGGGGCAACACGGUAUUCAAUACAACUGCCGAUGGUUUGGGUACGCCAGUACGCCAGCUAACGGGCACAGAGACGUUCGGGUAUGUCGACUUAUCAACUGAUUGCUUCUCUUGCAUUGACAAGUAA